AUGCCGGUUGGUUACUUUUAUGUCCACAAGGCUGGAAUUCUCACGAUCAAGACAGGAAGGAAGUGGUCUGCAUCCGAAGCAGUAGCACAAGCAGAAGGUCCUCCGAGAACUUGCUGCCUGCUGAAGAUGCAAGAGGAAAGGCAAGGCAAGGCGACCAAUCAGAGACCUGUGUCCAUGGUGUUCAGACCUGUGUCCAUGGUGUUCGUGAGGACAGAGACUGUGUCCAUGGUGUUCGUGAGGACAGAGACCUGUGUCCAUGGUGUUCGUGAGGACAGAGACUGUGUCCUUGGUGUUCGACAGAGACCUGUGUCCAUGGUGUUCGUGAGGACAGAGACCUGUGUCCAUGGUGUUCGUGAGGACAGAGACUGUGUCCUUGGUGUUCGUGAGGCAACCAAUCAGAGACCUGUGUCCAUGGUGUUCGUGAGGACAGAGACCUGUGUCCAUGGUGUUCGUGAGGGAGGGGCGUGUCCUUGGUGUUCAUUCAUAAGCAGAAGACAUUACAGUCUCUUACUAUGUGGAGUCAUAGUAUAUUUACUCUCCGGUACACUUUUGGUCACUGCUAUUGAGGUGUAUGCACCAGAGGACGCGCUCUUUGAAAAUGGGACCACAGGAAUACUUAAAUGUUCUUUCAAAUCAAAAGAAGUUGUCAGCAGUGGAGCUUCGGUUACUUGGUCGUUCACACCGGAAGGAGCUUCAGACAAAACAACUUCCAUCUUCUAUUAUACCGGCGGCAAUUCAUACCCAGGAUCUCUUGCUCAGUUUCAAAAACGAGUAGUUUGGGCAGGGGACCUGAACAGAAAAGAUGCAUCAAUCGAAGUUGCUCAGAUGCAGUUUAGUGACAAUGGCACAUACCAGUGUGAUGUGAAAAAUCCACCAGAUAUUACAGGAUCUGCAUCACAAAUAAAAGUUAGGGUUGUUAUGAAAGAGUCCCUACCUCAAAGCAGCCCAGCUAUUAUUGCUGUUGGAGUGAUAGCAGCUGUUAUAUGCCUCGUUAUCAUUGCCGUUGUCACUUAUUUGAUGAUAAGGAGGCAGGGGCCAAGUCGUGACUAUGAUGGCUGCAACUCCAAUGAGACCAUUAGCUCCCAAAACCUGCGUCCAGGAAAGAAGGUUCCAGAAUCCAGUAUGGAGAGUUCACGGUGUAGCAGCCCAUCUGCUCCGGUCCAGGGACCGGUGAUUUAUGCUCAGCUCGAUCAUUCUGGCCCCAAGAACGCAAACUUCCACAAGAUGGAGCCAGUGGUCUACGCUGACAUCCGCAAAAACUAAAUAAUCGACACGAGACCAGACGGGGACCGGCCUAUAGGAGUCAUUGUUCGCUGCUUUUGGAUGGAGUACUGCUUUUGAUGGUUUUGUUUUAAAAUGUGAUGCAUUGUGGUUUAUAAGUUGCAUGUCUGUGUCAAGUUAUAUAUGUAGAGACCUUAGCAGUCUAGAUAACUAGAUCUUACAAUGUAAGUCAUUUGGCUGGAAGAUUGAUAUGAUUGGCCAUAUAAUUUUGGAUGCUCGUAGUGUUGGUCUUGCGCACUAUUAGCAUCUCACUAGGUCACUAUGAAGGUAUUGCUAUAGUGGCUGUAUCCUCUGGGUUGCAGUAUAUCUAACAGUUUCUUGUAAAUACCAGUACUAAUGUUGAAUAAUGACAGUAGAUAGGAAUGAGAAAUUUGACCACAGAGCAAUGUGAACAGAAUUUUAUUGUACAUAAAUGUUGUGCUUGCCUGUAAUUUAUUAAGAAACAAUUGCAAAUAGUUACUUCAACAUCGGAAUAUGAUACCGUGGGAAGGUGAGAGUAUCAUAACGCCUCAGAAAAGUAAAACAGGCAAUCCUUGUUUUAAACUUAACACUCAGACAAAUUUUGCAAAUUUUAUAUUUGUUUUUCUCUGCUUUUAAGGCCACCUUUGUAAUUAUAAUUUUAAAAGAUGUGUGUAUUUCUUUUAUAUAUAUUGCAUUUUUUUUUAUUUUUUUUUUUAGCUUUGGUUGUCAAACUUUAAUUUCAGAUUUAUCACUGUUAAACCUUUGGCGAAUUUGACCAAUGCAUAUCUUGUAUGCAGAUACCGUGCAUAUUAGUGUCACACCAAGGCAUGAAAACACCCAAAGAAUGUUAGACUUGCUACUGACUUUUUGUAAAUUACCACCACAAAUAUUGUUAACUUGAACCAUAAUUAGUUUGUUACUUCCAACCAGUUUGCAGUUAAAUUCCAGCUAGUUCUUCUCUAAGUGUCUUAAUUUGUCUGCCAGUGUUGACAACAAAGCUUGUAUGGUCAGUGCUUGUUAUACUAUGUGUCAACAGUGAAAGCCAUUCCUUUUCAGGUUUGUGUAAGGUCUGCUUAACCAAUGACCUUGCCUGAUCUAGUGAUCCAUUCCAUUUAAGUCCAAUAAGUAGAAGAGCGUGUGUUUGUGAGAGUUUUUGGUGUUGGAAACGCCAGUGAUAAAAGACUGCCAUAGUUUGUGCACAGGCAUGAACAUCAGUGUAAGCAAAUGGUGUACUUUGCUAGGUGGUUAGAGGGUUAUUAUUUCUGUCAAGUUCUUGUUGACAGUUGCUGUACACACUUAAUGGCCUUCAUGACACAUGCAUAUGCAGGUUUACUCUUUCGGGUGACCAUUUUGUUACUAGUGCCUGUUCGCUUAAAAAUGGCACCACAGUCUUGCAGUACCAUGUCUUAAGAAGUUUUCAGUGUAUUUUAUCAUGAAAUAUUUUAAUUGUUUUCAUGUUUUACAUUUGCCUUUGGCUGUAUUUGGUACAUCCCAUCAUGUCUGUGCUUUGUAAACACCAUUAUACAGCUUUAUACACAGGUUUACCUUAACUUACUUUGUAGACAUUCCUAAACCAGUGAUCAAAUGCUGGAUUGUUUAUUUUGCAUAUUGUCUAUAUUGUCUAACUGUCCAAUGCCUUUUUCUAAUUUCCAAAUGGCUUUGUUUUCUGAAUGCAUUGCUAUCAAGCAUUCCAUUUAAAGAAUGAAAUAUAACGUUGUUUUAAGGUAUGCAUCUAUUUUCAAUAUUAUUUGUCAUAACUGCACUACUUCCUGUGUAUUAGUUGCAACAAGCACUACUAAAUGUGUUAUAUUUGCCCCUGUGUCUCAGAACUGGAAUGACAUAAAAUAGUGCCUUUUGCAUUUCAUCUACUAACUUAAAUGUCCGAAACUCACUGAAGCCGAGAAGUCAGUUUUACUUGUUUCAUUGUACUUUUGUUUAUGAAAACACAUGUACAUGUACCAGAUGCUCCAAUUUUAUAUAAAAUAAAUGUCAAAGUUACUUA